AUGGCCGACGACGAUUCUUCGGACCUGUCCUCGCUGUCGUCGCUGUCGCCAGUCCCGUCUGACAUCGAAUCCGAUGCUGAGCCGCAGCCCGAAACGAAGAAGGGCGGUGGCUUUGGUGGCCUUUUGAAGUUCUUCCCCAAACUCCCCAAAGGCUUGAAGGCCACAAACCAGUCCAAGGAGCCCUCACCGCCCCCUCGGAAGAGAUCGCCCUCACCGCCACACGAAAAUGCCUUCGAAGAUAACCCAGACAUUGCUUUCUUGGUCAUGUUCCGAAGCCGAUUUAACGAUGCCUUCCCGAAAUCUCUUGUCAACUUCGGCCCCCAAGAGCUCGAGCUCGACAUUGUCGACAAUCCUCCCGGUGAACGAGUCGAAGCCUUCCUCUGUGCACUACUGUUCUUACUUCUCAACCGCAAGCAGGACGUCAAAGCUGGUCAAUACUCAAAGGCUCUGGAUGACGCCUUGUCUGCCCACAAAUCGCAAUGGCCACGGUCUUGGGGGGGCGUCAGUCCGCUGUCGGGCAGCAAUACUUUUCACAGCAUCGCACCCACCCAGAGGCUUUCCCUCCUCCGCGCCUUGGCUCUUUGGUCACUCUCGGCGUCCGAGACUGUCAAGGCAAUCAUCAACAAAUCUUACAAAGGCAACCGCCACGAAGACGACCUGAACCAACCGCUCUCAGUUCAGCCAUGGGGGUCGGACAGCGAUAAGAGACGGUACUAUUUGAUUGAGGGCCUAGACGAUACAGCUUUCCGCGUCUAUCGAGAGAGCAACCCGGCGGGUUUCAAUCGGACCUGGUGGUCGGUCGCGGGUUCAAUCGAUGAGAUCAAGGCCCUUGCAGAUAAAUUGAUGACCAAGGACGGUGGGCCCAACUCCAGGAAGCUCGCCGAGAAGAUGUUGACGGCCAUCCCUCGCUUUGAGGCUACAGAGGAGAAACGGCGACGUAGAGAAUAUCGACAGGCCCAGAAGGCCCGGUUCAAACGCCCUGAACCUGGCUUCUCUGUCUACGAAGGCCGCACUAGAGGCAAGCGGAUCAAGUAUACCUACUCCGACGACGAUGACUUCACAGACUCGUCCACUCGACGCUCAGCCCGCAACACAGGCACCAGCACACCAGCGGAACCAACUGGGCCAGUGACUACAGCGAGCGGACGUCAAAUUAGGGCCCCCCCGAGGCUCAAUGCUAGCAGUGCGGCUGGGAGUGUGAACGGAGACUCGGAGGAUUCGCGCCAGCAGUCCGAGCCUGCUGUUGGUCCCGGUGGCCGACCCCGAAGAGCUGCCGCGGUCAACCAUGGUACGAAUGGGUGGUCAUCAAGAGAGGCUCGCACUCGUGGACGCGGCUCUAUGGAUGAUGACGACGACGACGACGUCGUUAGCGAACCUGAACUGGGCGACGAUGAAGAAGAGCAUAUCCCGGACGAGACAGAAGAGGAAGAAGAGGACCUAGACGAGGACCUGGAGAUGGCAGAUGAUGAGUUGGGUGAUGAACCGCGCAAGAGUCUGAUCGUCAAGCUUUCAGUCAAGAAGUCUCCCACCACAAACAAACCGACCAUGAUCACCCCUGCUUCGGAGGAUGACAGGACCAUACGGAGCGACAACGAGCUGGUAGACGAGAUUGUUGCCAAGCCCAAAGAGAGGACACCAGAGCCGGUCAUCAAUGUUGCAACCAACAAGCAAACUCUCAGUCCUGUGGCCGUACCGACCUCUCUAGCCUUCAGGGGCAGCCCAGACAAGCCUCACUCUUUGCCGCGGCCUGUGGAUGUUGGCUCGCACGAGUAA